GCCCCCUCCAGGAGCCGCCAUUUGGGAGCGGUGGCGGCUGAGGCGCUGCGGCGCGGCCCCUUCAGAACCGCGCGGGUAUGGCGGGCUGCGCGUGUGGCGGCUCCUCAAGACGAGCGCGUUCUCAGACACUGGGCGUAGCGCGGCCCCCCGGCCCGCAUCUGCCCGUAAGUCUUACCGGGAGCAGCGAGCCCCGCGCUGCAGGGAGCUGGCAGCGGCCCGAGGGGCGGUGCGUGCCGCCAGGGGUGGGGUAUCACCGCUGGGAAAGGUAUCGGGAAAGCCCGGGCGCGCAGCUUUCCCCUCAGCGGGCGAGGAGGAGCCGUCGGACGCGGGCCGGGCCUCACUCGUCCAGGCUCUGAAGGCAUCAAGUGCCCACGCUAAAUGGCAAUCAAUUUAUCGUCCUAAAGACUUGGAAGGAUAGCCACUGCAGUAUAAAACGUUUCUCCUAUUGCUGUUUUUUUUUUUUUUUCGUAAGAACGUGCAGGCUUACAGUCGUUAGAUUAAUUGGUCUUCAAACAAGCAUUUCUCUGAAGAGAGCCUUCAGUAAAGCUCUCUCAGCCUUAUUUGGGGCUCCUCUGCAGAGGGAGGCUUAUGCUGCAUAAUCCAAGGCUGCAGCUCAGCUGAAGUCACAUCAACAACAAGGGCAAAGGAAAAGCAGCACUGCUGGGCAGCCUCUCCUAAACACCAAAUAAGAAAAGAACAACAUACAAAGGCUGCAGCUACGGAUGCCCUCCAGGGAAAGGUAUCAACAUCAGCAUUCUUGCCAGCAACAGAACGCAUUGCUAGCCUGCAGCAUGUGAAGCUCCGUUGGAUGAUCCAGUUUUUGGCAGGCAUAAUUGUUUGUUGCCAAGGAAGACUACAGCUCACGAGAAACAACAAAAAAAGCAUUGAUCUUAUCUGUGGAAGAAAGGACACUGCAACAGCAAAGUUUGAGAGAACAAGAUCAGCAGUCUGCACUGGGAAUGGCUCAGAGAAGGCUCAUGGAGCAGAAAGGCUAGUGAGUGCUAAGAGGGCUGGUCUCUGGGAGACUGCAAGCAGCUAAGAACUAUCACCACCAAGCAACCUCUUGAAGACAGCAGAACCCAAGAUGGAGUGAGCACUACAAAGCAGAUCUGGGCGUACCUUUUCAAAAGACAUUAUGGAAAAUGCCUAAUGUAAACCUAGCUUGCUCCUCUGGAAGCCCGUCAGCUUUCUAUCUAUUGUUCAGCAGAGCACUGGUUAUCUGACACUGCAUACCGGGGAGGUUAAGUGAAUGUCAGCUCCUUUAAAGGCACAGCUCUGGGGAAUCAAGCCUGAAAGGCCCAUCAGUGCAGCUGGCUGUCAAACAACUAGACAAAGUGAAUACCUGGUCAAAACAAAACUACUACCAAAUUACUUCUCAGAUCCAGUCACACUCCCAAGUGCAAGAGGAAGACGUUGACCUGGUUAAACCAGUAGCUUUCUAGGAUAUAGUAAUAAAGAAUCUUUUCUCCGUAGUUAACUGGAAUAGCUGCAUGGGGAGGCCCUCUAAACAAAGUAAAACCUCUGCUGUCCACACAAUUGCUUGGCAGAAAAACAUGUGAUGAUACAGCAUGGGUUGAUUAUGAAUCUCAGAUGUAGAGAGUACAAUCCACUCUACACAGUUCAGUACAAUUGCUCACCAAAGAGAAGUUUCAGCAAUUGGAUUGGAUGCUCUUCUGGAGUCACAGACCAGGAAUCACCCCAUAAAUGGAACCGUGUAAGCAUUCAACUGAUACCUAAAUCACGGAAAACUUGGACUCAUACAGUCCAAUCACAUUAAAUUAAUAUUUUUAAUUGUAUUUGGAAUAAAAUACGGUGUACAUAUCUUUUGUCACUAGUUCCUAGUCAGCAACAUUUUAGAAUCACUUGUGUUAAUAACUGGGUGAGUGAGAAAAGCAUUUGAAAGCAAGCGAGCACCCACCCAGCAUUACAGAUUGACUGCAGCAGAUGCCUGAGGAUCAGACAGCUGAUAAUACACUUUAGCGUGCUUCAUUGCAUUUGCUGGUACAAUCAAGGGUACCUCUUGACCUUGAUUUUACAGUGUAAUGUUUUAACCUUAGAGCACUGUACAAAAAUAGAAGAAGCAGCACUACAAAUCCUGACCUUUUAGUUGAAUAUCCUGUUUUAGAGUGAUAUCAGAACUCCAUCAAGACCAUGAACACGUAAAUGUCUGCUAUUAUUAUCACAGUAUAGUGCCUAAGCUACUUUACACUCUAUGUUAUGUAGGUUAUUCUUCAACCUUUUUUAUGUGAAUGGUCUCACUGAUGUACUUCAGUAAGGACUGCUCCAUCAUGCACUAAACAGUUACUUUACAUGUUAUACAGGCUAUAUAUUACUGCAUUUUUUAACACCUUUAACAUCUUGGUCAACAGGUAUUAAAAAUUGACUCGGUGGUGCAGUAGCCUCAGUGAUAGAAUGAAGUGACAGCUUGAAAAUGGAAACAGAACAAGAUCUUAUAUUGGGCAGUUCAGAACCAACAUCAAUUAUUAAAAAAAAUAAGAGAACAAAAAGCUUAGUUUGUUUUUAAAUUAUUUUAUUUUGUGUGUGUGUGCCAAAGGACAUGCUCAGAGAAUACUUUAUUGAGAGAUUUUCACACUGUAUCAGGUUGAUACCCUGGCCAUUGGUUAUGUGGGAUAUGAGCUCACAGGUUCUAUCUCCCCAUUUUCACGUGACAUUGAUUUACUACUUCAGACAUUUGCCCUAACGUCAGAAGACUUCUGACUUCCUUCACUCCUCUUAAAUUCUAACUUUUUUAUUCCACAGAGCAUUCUGCAUAUGCAAUUUCAUGUAAAUUUUAAACUUUACUUUAAACUUGUCUGGCUAAUGAAGUCACCUGUAUCAUCAGUGAAAAAUCAGCGUAGUUGUUCACUUGAAGUACUAAAUCUUAGAGCAGAGUCACUGAGUAUGUUUAAUAAUAUCAGAGCCAUGAGUGUACUAACAGAGUGUAAUUGCUUUGACCAGCUUUUCCUGGUGUGUCCACCCACCCGGCUGAUGGACCCAGGAGCCCCAUUUAAAUCACAGUCCUGGGUCUUCUACCCCUUCCUGAGCCAUGCUGUGAGUGUGCUGGUCCAGCUCCACGUUCAGCUUUGGUGCAGCCAUGUCCACACCUGGUCACAGCCCUCCCUUAUCAGAGCCUGACUGUCUUCUUGGCUUUAUCGCAGUCCUGCCUUUGCCACCAUGCACUUGGCUGGAGUCACCAGCCCACAUCUCACCCUGCUGUCACUGGACCUGACCUCGAUCUGCAAAUUGACUUCUAGGUGUCACCUCAUCCCUGCCCCUCAUUACGAGCCUGUGGGAUGAGCUGGGCUGCUGGCUGACCCCAGCUGCCACCCUGGACCUGCCCUGCUUGCGUGCUGCAGGGUUUGGCCCUGCCUUGAUGCCCACUAAUCAUGCCUGGUUCCUGCCUCCCUGCACCUUGGGGAGCAGCUGGCCUGCUGCAUAUAUUUGUAUCUCUAAAAUAAUUAGAGUGUACAGCAGUUUUUCAGACGUAUUUAAGAGUUUUAUUUUCUUUAGAGAAAUGAAAAGAUGACUGUGUUGCUGGACUCCUUAGUUAGCAAAGGAAGUUCUCUUUCUGACUCUGAACAUGGGUUAUCUGUCUGUGCAACAGCCACGAGCUAACUACUCAUUUUGUAUUAUUAUAAACAUUAAGUAAUUAUUGGAAAUCUCAUCAGCUAAUUAUAAUAAAUCGAAGCAAGCUUUUUGAAUCAGUCAGAAUGAUUACUUCUCUUCAAGUAGAAUAAUUCUACUCUAGAAGACUGUAUACAGCUAAUUUAGAAUUGACACACUCUCCAAGGAAAUGGGUAUAUAAGCCUAUGAAGUAAUGACAUAUGAGACUAUGAAAUAAUUCAACCACAAAACCUGAAUAGAAAUCCAAACAUUUUAUAAAGAAGCAGGCAGAUCUUUCCUAAUACCUGGUGCUUCAGCUUGGAGACUGUCUUCCGUAUUUCAGAAGUCUGGUGAGAUUACCAGUGAAGCUCAGUGAACUGCCAUGUAUAUGGACAAGUAUUAACCAGAGUCGAGUUUGUCUUUGCUCAACACGCUGACUGAUUUCAUUGGGUGUUUUAUCAGACCUCUUUCAAUGGCCAGUUGUCCAUGGCUUUUAAAAACAAUAGAGCUGGACUGAAGAAUCACUUGGUUUCUUUCAGCAACACGUGAUUCUUUCUAGAGUCUUUGUGGAUGUUGCUGACCCAUUGGGCUUAAACCAGGUAAAACAUGUUUUUCUUAGGUAUCUGACACUAAGACAGAAUGUCACAAGGAAUCUAGUGAUCAUAGAGAGAAAACAUCACUUACCAGCCUUUAAAAACAAAUACUUUCUCCCUUUGCUAUUCUUCUACCACUGAAACUGUGUUUUGUGCAGAGGCCAGCACAGAACACCCAGGGGUAGUACUGUGUAAAUAUAACUAUCUGUUCCUGCUCUGCUCUGUCUUCCUGUCAUGAAAAAUGAAUGGUUGGGGCUGGGGGGAGGAAGGAAUGGGCAACAGCUACUACUUGCUCUGAAAGUGCUGCUGACAAGCUGUUUUCAACUAAGCCACAUUCCAGGAGAUGUUUCUCUUUUGAAUACUUAGAAUUCCUAAUGAUUAUUUUAGGUAUCUUUGGCUUUGAAAAAUCCCUCGUGCAAAAUGAAGUAAUAUUUACUUUAAAAAUAAAAAUACAUGGCUGUGAAGCAACAGCAAUUGCUCAGCAACAAAAACAGUUUUCCACCAACAUGUCCAACUAUUUGGAGGAAAACAGUGCAAGAACACUGGUUUCAAGAAGUGAUUUAAAAUGAUUUGGCCCUUCAUCCAACACUUCUAAGAACUGCCUGCAUUAAGAAAGAUAUAUUGCUGAAACAGAGGAUUUACCAUCAACUAUUACUGUACUUGAGCUCCUUUGAACACUGUUACUCAGAAGUUGUUGAGGAAAUACUGACUGCACCAGAGAACAGCUGUCAUGCUUUUCCCUUUUGUUCUUGAACUGCAAGACUAUCCUUGCCUAAAUAUGAAAGAGAAACCUGCAAAACAAGAAUUGCAAGCUUCACUGAGAUAAAACAAGCCAAAUUAAUUCUUGAGGCAGGUGAUCUGCAACCAUGAGCAGCAACGAGUGCUUUAAGUGCGGACGCACUGGCCAUUGGGCCCGGGAGUGCCCAACUGGGAUUGGCCGUGGUCGUGGGAUGAGAAGCCGUGGCAGAGGCUUCCAGUUCAUGUCUUCAUCUCUCCCGGACAUCUGUUACCGCUGUGGUGAGUCUGGCCAUCUUGCCAAGGACUGUGAUCUUCAGGAGGAUGCCUGCUAUAACUGCGGUAGAGGUGGCCAUAUUGCGAAGGACUGCAAGGAGCCGAAGAGGGAGAGAGAGCAGUGCUGCUACAACUGUGGCAAACCUGGCCACCUGGCUCGUGACUGUGACCAUGCGGACGAGCAGAAAUGCUACUCUUGUGGAGAAUUUGGACACAUUCAAAAAGACUGCACCAAAGUGAAAUGCUAUAGGUGUGGUGAAACUGGCCAUGUAGCCAUCAACUGCAGCAAGACCAGUGAAGUCAACUGCUAUCGCUGCGGCGAGUCAGGGCACCUUGCACGGGAAUGCACAAUUGAAGCUACAGCCUAAUUAUUUUCCUUUGUCGCCCCUCCUUUUUCUGAUUGAUGGUUGUAUUAUUUUUCUCUGAAUCCUCUUCACUGGCCAAAGGUUGGCAGAUAGAGGCUACUCCCAGGCCAGUGAGCUUUACUUGCCGUGUAAAAGGAGGAAAGGGGUGGAAAAAUCAACUUUCUGCAUUUAACUACAAAAAUGUUUAUGUUUAGUUUGGUAGAGGUGUUAUGUAUAAUGCUUUGUUAAAGAACCCCCUUUCCGUGCCACUGGUGAAUAGGGAUUGAUGAGUGGGAAGAGUUGAGUCAGACCAGCAAACCCUCUCUGGGUUACAUGGAAGUGAUCCUAUGCAGGAGAAAAGAAAUUCUGGAAGUGUCUGAACUUCCUCAUAACUUUAAUUUUAUUACAAUGGCCUUGGAUUGUCUGACCUCAGUAGCUGUUAACACCGAGUAAUAUCUGUAUCAGGCCCUACCUAGAGCAUAUAGCUGAGUGGGAGUAAAUAAACAAGAUGCACAUGCCUGUUGAUGGCCACGAGAGAGAGAGAAAUCAGGAAUAAACUUUAAAAUAACAGUAAUUCAGUCAGUGAAUGUCCAUGUCGGAGAAACAGAACGUAAUGGGAAGCUUUCGAAUAAAUACUUCAAAGUAAAUCUGAAACCCAGACAUCAGUGCUCAUAGCAUAUACAAUUUGGAGCUAUUCAGGAGUUGCAAAUAAAUGCAUUUUCACAGAAAUCAAGAUGUUAUUUUUGUAUACUAUAUCACUUAGACAACUGAGUUUCAUUUGCUUGUAAUCAGUUUUUAAAGUAAGAUGGUAAAAGCAAUUGAAGUCCUAGAACAUAGAAAAUGUAAUUUUAAACUAUCAAUAAAGCUGGAGGAGGAAGGGGAGUUUGGCUAAAAUUCUUUGUUUAUUUUUGGUUUCCAUGUACACAGUGCAAAAUAACAUAUUAAAAAGGGGUAUGUGGAGGUGUAAAAA